CAGCAGUAUACCUGAAAGGUAGCUUAAGCCCCAUUGAAUCGUACAAUUAAUAGUUGGAUUUUUGUUACAGAUGCUUCUUUAGUGGUCUAUUAACAUUCAAUAGCUUCUCUCCGCUCUUUCUGUUUUGGCCUUUGUACUUGUAAUUGAAAUGGAUGAAAAGGUUGAAGGUGGAUCCUCCAGCUUUUCUAAGAUGUCUGCGUCAGAUUCAUUAUUACGUUCUUCUUCCAAGGGUCUUGGAUCUUCGAUUUUUUUUCAAAGUAUUUCUCGAGGUUUAACUUUCGUGUUGAAUCAGCUAACGAUUCGCUUCACGAGUCCUCAAGCAUAUGCAUAUUCAUCGAUUCAUUUUGAAAUUCUGAGGAGCACGAUCCUGUUCAUAAGUAGGGAAUCGGUCCGUCUUGCUAUGCAACGUAUGCCUUCUCAAGAGAACUGUCUUGAAGAUACGUUUAAAGCACCAGUCCCAGACUCCAAGUACCGUUCUGGGAGACUUCAGCUGGUUAAGAACGCUUCUGUGAUUACGGUUUAUGCUGGCAUCAUCGUUUCCAUUCUUGUCGCUUUUUUUUAUAUGUACGCUAUGCCAAUAUUUCCUUACAAAACCAUUUGUAUAUUAUUAUAUUCUUUUGCUGGCUUCCUUUACCUUCUUUCAGAGCCUUAUUAUCAAAUUUUGCAUUGGAGAAGACAAUUCUCCCCUACUGCCUCCGCCGAGGGUCUAGGAAUUAUUUCCAAUACAGUAACCUCAUUCUUAAUUUCUUUUUUUUCUCAAAGUGAAAAUCUUUCCGUUCUCCCGUUUGCUGUAGGAACGCUUAUGGAAUCCAUUGUUAAUUUUAUCACUUUAUACUCAGUUGCUAAUGAAAAGUCACUAUUCAUUAUACCUCGAAGAGUUUUACAUGAAGGGAAAUUGGUUUAUUGGGAGGAUUCUUUUCUCCGUGUCAUUUCUUCUCAUAUGUUUCAUCUCUUGCUUAAGCAUCUAAUGACGAAAGGCGACAAAAUAAUGAUUGCAUGGUAUGCUACACCUUCGGUACAAGGGCCUUAUGCGUUAGCCUCGAAUUAUGGAUCUCUAAUAGCCAGAAUUGUUUUUCGUCCAUUGGAGGAGCAUUCUCGAAUUGUGUUUGCACAGUUGACGCAUUCACCUGAGAAACAAGAUCGCAAGAAAGCGACUGUUCUUCUUCUUUGGAUUCUAAAGUUAUAUUUCUAUUUAACUAUGUUCAUCAUAUUCGGAUAUAAUUAUUCAAAUAUUGUUUUAUUAUUCGGCGCUGGUAAGAAAUGGGCUUCAGACGAAAGCGCUAGUGUUUUAUCUUGGUAUGCAUUUUACAUUCCCUUUAUGGCUGCGAACGGUGUUUUGGAGGCUUUUUUUGUAUCUACAGCCAGUUCUUUGCAGUUAUUAAGUCAGGGUAGAUGCUUUUUGCUUUCUACCAUCUUGUAUUUUGUCAGUGGGAAAGUCUUUUUGGAUUGGUUAUCUUUAGGAGCUCGUGGACUUGUUUUGGCCAACAUCUCAAAUCUUUUAAUCCGUAUCUUAUUCGUUAUUCAUUUUGUUCAUAAAAAUUUUCCUUCCCUCAAAUUCUCUGAGUCGUUGCCAGGGCUGUUUAUCAGCUUGUUAGCUGGUUUAUUUUCAGCCAUCAGCAGAACCCUUCUUCAUCAAUUUGAAAUACAUAACAUUAGAUUGCUUUUGUUUAUAGCAUCCGCACCUACAUUGGCGAUUAUUUAUGCCGUCACUAUACUUACGCUAGACAAAGAUAUUUCUAUGCUUAUUAUGUCAAGACUAAAAAAACCUCAUAAAGACUAAUUAAUUUCUUAUUGUCGAUAACUAAAAGAAUAUUCUAAUAAACAAUUCCUAUUGUACAUACUUCUAUGGGGCCUUAAAUCAAAAAAAAGAAAGGGAAAAGAAAAGAAAGGUCUCAAAAUGUUACCAGUAGCCAUCAUUAAAAUCGCACAAGAACGUUUGAAUUUUGAAGAUGUUCUUUUACAUGUUCAAUACUGCAAGUUUUGCGGUGGAAUAUACCAGCAGCAAGAGCCGCAUCACAAUCGGUUUCCUUAAAUACUUGCUCGAAAUGUUCAGAAACGCCUGCACCGCUAGAAGCAAUAACGGGAAUGUUGACGGAUCCCUUAACGAGACGGACUAGUUCUAUGUCAUAUCCAGCAUUUGAACCAUCUUGAUCCAUGCAGUUCAAAAGGACUUCACCAGCUCCCAUAGCUUCGCAUGCCCUAGCUAAUUCAACAACAUCCAUAUCACGAUAUUCCCUUCCACCCUUUACGGUACAUUGAUACCAAGCAUAUUCUUCUCCGUUUGGACCAAGAUGGGGAGUUUUGAUGGCAUGAUGCUUGGUCUCAUCAGGGCUUUUGACAUACUGGCGCUUAGGAUCAAUGGAAAUAACAACAGCCUGACAACCGUAUGCAGCAGAAAUGGUCUCGAUAGCGGUGGUUCGAGUCAGUUUUUGGUCAUUAGCAUAAUAUUGCUCAGCAGCAUAUACAGCAUCACUGCCGAUGGACACCUUGUCGGCACCCGAACGGAAAUAAGUGCCUGCUACUUCAACAGCGGAAUGCACUGUACCAUCAGGAUCAAUGAUUUCACGGAUACCACCACCAACAGUCAAAGGAACGAAAACGGUUUGAGCAGCUUUAGCGAGCACUUGAAGCAUAGGAGCAUCUACUAACGGACAAUUGCGAAAUGAGGUGAUAUUUAAGAAAACAACUUCAUCGGCACCUUCUUCAAAAUAGCGUUGACAUAGUUCAACAGGUUUUCCGAGGUUUCGAACUUCGCCACCAGCAUUAGCUUUCUCGCGAACGUCGUAUUGAUCACCUUUGGUAACAACGAGAUCGCCAGCAUCGUUCGAACGGACAUCAAGACAAGCAAUGACACGCUUUGUCAAACCUCCGGCAGCGUUUUCUAGCAAUUGAGUGUCCAUGCCACUAAUGGGCUUUUCAUAAUUUCCAGAUAAGAAAGCUUGUAUACAGCGUAAACCAGCAGCACCACUUUUUUCCGGGUGAAAUUGUGUAGCAAGGAAAUUUUUCUUCAUAAUAGCA